AUGUAUAGAGUGUUGCAUAAGGUGAUAUCUAGUCCACAAGGUGCCUUUAUAAAGGGAAGAAAUAUUCAAGAAAAAAUUGUUCUAACUUCUGAGCUUGUAAAUGAGUUAGAUACUAAGAGAAGAGGAGGUAAUGUUGGUUUAAAGCUAGACAUAACACAAGAUUUUGAUUCAAUGAUCUGGGAAUUCAUCUUCAAAACUCUUAAACACUUUGGUUUCUCUGAAGUUGGCAUAAAUUGGUUGAAGACUAUUUUUGAGUCUGCAAGAAUUUCAGUUCUAGUAAAUGGUGGGCCUUUUGGUUUCUUUGAUGUAAGAAGAGGGCUCAGACAAGGAGAACCACUUUCUCUCAUCUUAUUUUUGAUUGCAGAAGAGGUUUUAAGUAUAAAUAUAACAAAAAUGGUCCAAGAAGGAAUAAUAAAGGAAAUGGUGAACAGAAAUGGUUGUCAGCCAUCUCAUCUGAUGUUUGUUGAUGACAUUUUUAUAUUUUUCAUUGGGAAUAAAAGAUAUUUGGAUAAUAUAAUGAAUCUAUUAAUGAGAUAUCAAGCAGCUUCAUGGCAGACCGUAAAUAGAGCAAAGAGUAAGUGUUUUGUUGGUGGAGUUACUGAAGAUAGGAGACAUGCUAUAGAUGAAAAUAUGCAAAUGAAGAUUUCUGAAUUCCCAGAAAAAUACUUGGGAUUAAUGUUGAUACCUGGAAGAGUGAAAUCUGUUCAUGUUUGGGGGAUGGUAGAAAUGUUACAGAAGCAAUUGGCUGGUUGGAUUGGAAAACUCCUUGCUUUCUUCUGCCAGAUAGACAUUGGUUAA